AUGGUUACUACUUCACCUGGUCUCCGCCGAUGCAGUUCUGAUCCAUUUUCGUCACCACCUUUUUACCGCGAGCCUAAUGUUGUGACUACACCGGCUUCAAAGGGUAGUAUUGCUUCUCUGCCACCACGGCCAACAGUGAGAAGAUCCAUGUCCGACCUAUCUCCAAACAAUAUCUAUUCGCGAUCAUCAUGGUUGAAGAGGACGAGGGACAGCACGAAGGAGAUUAACCAGUUGUGGGAUGAAAUUAUGCCUUGUGAAUAUGAAGAAGAUGAUGAAGAUACUGAAGAGAACAUAACUAAUGCAGUGAAGGAUAAUUCAUUACGUGAGACCCAAUUCAGGAAUAUUCAAGUCCUUCUGAGAAUUCGAGGUGAUGUUGGACAAAUCGGUGUUCAAAACAUCCCGAGGACAUGGAGGGAGGCUAAAGCUGGGGCUAGAGAUAAGGAAGCAUGA